GAAGAUUCGAAGAUGCAGCUAUUCACUCAAGUUAUUCUGUUGGCCGUGGCCCUCAUCAGUGUCAGCGCCGUGCCGCCUUUUGGACAGGAUGUGGGUCUGGAGCAGGUCCUUUUCCGCAUGGUCUUGGGGGAAUCUGAGGCCCGUGGCCUGACUCCGGCUGCCCAGACCUGUGCCAACAACUACCUGAACACCACCCAGAAGAAUGCCGAGAAGCUGGCCAAUGCCACCGAUGCCUGCGAGCAGGUAGCCAAUCGCACCAAGGUGGCCUACACCCAAACCAGCAACUCCACCGUGAGCCAAAUCCGCCUCCAGCUGUUGACCCUGGAGCAGAACCUGCAACUCUGCCGCAACGAGACGGACGCGACCCUGUUCCUCAACUGCACUGUGUCCACUUUCGACAGGAACCUGAAUCUGCUGGACACCUCCAACUCGAAGGCUUACCAGGCACAGAGUCAGUUCACCUCGAACUCCACCCAGGUGACUGCCGAGAGGAACAACUGCAUCAGCUCCGCCGUUAGCGAGGCCAAGGUGCAGUCCAUCCAGACGGCCAACGACUUCGAUUCCUGUGUGGCCAAGAUCCCCGGCCAGCGGGAGAUUCCCCAGCAGAAGGAGCAGCAGCAGCAGCAGCAGGUGAAGCCCGUCCAGGAGCCCAAGGAGCAGAUCCCUGCCAAGCAGGAGAAGCCCCAGGAGCAGUUCGAGGAUCUGCCUUUGGUCGACUAGAGAUUAAAGAACUUUAAUCAACAAUAAAUUGCUAAACUUCAUAGAAAACAA